AUGGAAACCGACUCGCGCAGCCUUUUCUUAAUGAAUGAUGAUGCCGGCAACAAGGUUCGCACUCGAAUGAGCAGGUACACCUGGGACUGGCUUCUGUCAACGGUGCCCGGUCAGGCUCAGGAUGGGAACCGGAAGCUCUCGAAUGACGAGGGCAAGAGGCUCUGGGGAAGUGACGUUGCGUCGAACCCCCCCGAAGUCUUGUUCGAUCACGUCAUGAACCCAACCCCCAAUAACAACCACGGGAUGGCGGAGUUGACGAGCAAGAUCCACUCGUACGGCUUCUGCUUUGUUGCCGGUACGCCCGCGACGCCCGAAGCCACCAACGAGCUGCUGGAGCGGAUCGGGCCCAUCCGAAACACCCACUACGGCGGCUUCUACGACUUUGUGCCGGACCUCGCCAAGGCGGACACUGCCUACACGAACCUCGCCCUCGCCGCCCACACGGACACGACCUAUUUCACCGAGCCGGCGGGCAUUCAGGCCUUCCACCUGCUCUCCCACACACCGCCGCCCGCCAACCGAGCGACGGGCGGCGGCAGCGACGACGACCCCCUCGGCGGCCAAUCCCUCCUCGUGGAUGGAUUCUACGCCGCCGAGAGACUGAGGGAGGAAGCGCCGACGGACUUUGACGUGCUCGGCGCCUCGAACAUUCCCUGGCACGCGAGCGGCAACGAGGGCGUCGCCGUGGCCCCGGACAGGGCGUACCCCGUCAUCGAGACGCACGACAAGGCGCUGCGGCGCAUCCGCUGGAACAACGAUGACCGUGGUGUCGUGCCGUUGACCAUGGAUGUCGACAGGUGGUACGCGGCGGCGCGGAAGUGGGACGAGCUUCUCCGAAGGCGAGAUGCCGAAUACUGGUUCCAGCUUGUGCCGGGCCGCGUGCUGAUCUUUGACAACUGGCGGGUCCUGCACGGUCGAAGUGCGUUCGAGGGACUUCGGCGCAUCUGCGGUGGCUACAUCAACCGAGACGACUUUGUCUCUCGCUGGAAGACGACCAACUUUCCCAACGACGAGGUGAUUGCGGCCAACAUGCAGCUAAGAUGA